AGGGCUGCAGGGCUGAGGAGGGUAGAUGACCCACCGGCUGGGGACCUGGGCAAACCCGCCAGGCCUCCCCUCCAGCGCCGCUGCCGCAGUCCAGCCGAAGUCCCGCCCGCGCCGCACCCCUGACUCACUUCCUUUGCAAAGAAGCGGAAACCUCCCCAGGGCUUUCUCCAGUCCAGACGCUCCCAGGGCACCCGCAGGUGUCGCUGACCCGGUGAGGCCCCUCACCCCGCCCUGACCCACGCAGAGAAGCCCGCGCUGUCGGCUUCCUGAGUGGUAGGCCCCAGCCUCCGGCGUGGGCAGGCGUGUGGGUCUGGGGGCCAGUGAGAGCCUGACCUGACGCAGCUGCAGGGAGGGCGACCUGUAUGCCAAGCACCGCCCCUGCGCCAUGGACCGCGGCCAGUCCAGCCCGGAGCCCGCGGCCCCGGUCGCCCCCAGCCCGAGCGUGAUCGCUCCGGUGCGCGCCGUCGUCCGCCUGCGCCACCAAGUGCGCCUCCUGCGCAAGCGGCGGCCGCCCCCGCCGGCCGUGGAGCCGGAACCCGGGGCUGCGGCGCCGCGCGUCCUCCGGGAGCAGCCGCAGUUCUUCACCUUCGACGGGCCGGCCGAGCUGGUUUCGAGACCCGCGCGGAAGCGCCGCCGGCGCAGCCGCCUGGUGCUCUACCCUGAGACCUCGCGCAAGUUCGGGCCGCGCGCCGAGCGCCACAGCCGCGCCCAGCGCUGCCUGCUGUUGCUCGUGGCCAUCGUGGGCUUCCAGGUGCUCAACGCCAUCGAGAACCUGGACGACAACGCGCUGCGCUAUGACCUCGACGGGCUGGAGAAGACGCUGCAGCGCGCUGUGUUCGGGCAGCCGGCGGCCAUGGGCCGCCUCGUGGCUCUGCUGCGGGACUACCUGGCCACGCACGUGCACAGCCGCCCGCUGCUCCUGGCGCUGCACGGGCCCAGCGGCGUGGGCAAGAGCCACGUGGGCCGCCUGCUGGCGCGCCACUUCCGCGCGGUGCUGGAGGACGGCGCACUCGUGCUGCAGUACCACGCGCGCCACCACUGCCCCGCGCCGCGCGCCGCCGCCGGCUGCCGCGAGGAGCUGGCGCGGCGCGUGGCCGACGUGCUGGCGCGGGCCGAGGCGGAGGAGAAGACCCCGCUCCUGGUGCUGGACGACGCGGAGCUGCUGCCGCCGGCGCUGCUGGACGAGCUGCAUGGCCUCCUGCAGCCGCAGCGGCCGCCGCGCUUCCACAACGCCGUCUACGUGCUGCUCAGCGGCGCGGGCGGCGCUGAGGUCACGCGCUUCGUGCUGCAGAACGCGUCCCGCUCGGGGCACGCCGAAGGGCCGGAGGAGCUGCGCGCAGCCGAGGAGGAGCUGCGCGGCAGCCUGCGCGCGCUGCUGAUCCGCCAGCAUCCGCUGUGGGAGGCCGCAGCCAUCGUGCCCUUCCUGCUGCUGGACAAGCGGGACGUGGUCAACUGCUUCCGGGAUGAGAUGGCCGGGGAGGGCUUCUUCCCGGAGCAGGCCCGGGCCGAGCUGCUGGCCGCGCAGCUCAGCUACUACCGCGUGGCCGGCCGCGAGUUCGCCGUCACCGGCUGCAAGCAGGUGGUGGCCACGGUGAACCUCUUGUAGCGCAGGUGCGCCUGGACGUGGCUGCCCGCUGCGCCACCACGGGAAGUCCUUGUGGCCGUAGUCGUUGGAGGCGGGGAACUGCGGGUUUGCUGCGGCCUGUGAGGCCCGAAUAAAUCUGUCCGCGGCCUGCCGCCGACUCACGCUGGGACCUGGAGUGGGAGGGCCAGGCCGGGUCAGUUCUAACCUCUUCUGCCAGUGCCAAGUCCCUCAGCCCCCGUCUGCCACCUGCUGGUCCGUAACUCAGCCUGCAUCUCCAAUGCCAGUGUGUCCCCCAGGGCCCACACCCUAGGAGUGGGCCGUCUGUCCCUGUGGUCUAGCGGUCGGAUGGUCACAGAGGGCGAGCAGCCCCCAAGGGUGGCAUAGUGGUCCCCGCGGAGCUGGAUAUGAGCACGACUCCAAAGCACCCGCCGCGGCCAUACCGACCCCCCACCCCAUCCCGCAGUCCUGGCCGCUUCUCUUCUGGCAGAACCGCCUGGGUCGGCCUGGACUCAUGGCCUCUUAGGCCCAGGGGCUCCCCGAGAGGAAAAGGGCUGGGUGGGCGUUUCACCCAAUGAGCUGAUCUGGGGAGCCCUCUGAAUGUUCCAGAAGGGGCCCUCUCAGGGUGACCCAAGUAGGCAGUGGGCCCAUGUGGGAAGUCCUGCCCACCCCCUCCCCCGCCCCCACCGGCUCCAGGGUGCUGAACUCCUGGGAAGCCUCUAAUAGGGCUCUCUCAGACUCCCUGGUCCGCACUGCGUCCCAGGCCUGGGGCCGGGCCUCAUGCCUGCCAUCCCGGCUCCUGCCAGCCUGGCUCCUCCCCAGGCCCUCCAGGCUCCGGCCUCCUGGAGCAGGACUGCAGGAGCCUCGGUGGCUCCUAGGGAAGGGGGCGGUGAGCGCUGAACUUUGGGGCACCUCCUAUGCUGGGCUCCCAAGGGGGCAGGUGCGGUGGUUUCAGUGCUGUUCCUUGAUGGGCAUAGGGUCAGCCUGGACCAGCCCACUGGGAGGAAGGUGUGACCUGGGAGGUAGGGGGCCUGGAACACAACUGGGGAGCAGCAGCAUCCCAAAAAGGGGGCCGAGGGGGGCGGCUGGUGGGGGUGCUGCCAACGGGAAGUGGGCUGUACCAGGGGCUUCAGACCCCACCUCUGCACUCAGCCUGACCCCUGCCCUCGUGAGACCUCAAGGCCCACAGGCUGAUGUCGCUAGAGCCCCUCCCUGACAGGCCCCUCCCUGAGGGUCCCCCAGGGUAAGAGCCCUUCCCUUCACCUGUCCUCUUCGUGGUGGUCGGCUGCAGACGGUGAACCGUCUGUCCAGGAGGGAAUUGGGUCCCUCCCGGCAGAGGGAAGUGGCCGGCCUGUCCACCCGGCAUGCAGACCCUGGGCCCCAACAGGAAGGAAUGGGGAGGGGGCACGUCCUGUCGCGAAAGGCCAUACUCCUCCCAGCUCCGGGGCUCCCAGGGACGCCCAGUCUGCAAGCUGGUUCUAAACCGGGAGCCGGACCUGCAGGCAUACAUUUGGACACACCUGGAAGAGUGGGCUGCCAGGUGAUACUGCUGUAGCCAAUGUGCUUGCUCAGCAAAUAGUGAUCACAGGCACGUGUUUAUCUAAAACCACUGUGGCCAAUGGGUUAAGUGACUGUGGCUGAGCUGAGACUGCCUUGGAGUUGGCUAGUCCUAGCUUCUGGGAGGAAUUCCUGAUCAUAUGUUUGCUGGUGCUCACUCCUGUCCAUGGGAGGAAGGAUCUCCCUACAGAAGGAAACUGAAACUGAAGUUGCUCAGUCGUGUCUGACCCUGCGAACCCAUGAAUCACAGCACGCCAGGCCUCCCUGUCCAUCACCAACUCCCGGAGCCCACCAAAACCCAUGACCAUUGAGUCAGUGAUGCCAUCCAACCAUCUCAUCCUCUGUCCUCCCCUUCUCCUCCUGCCCUCAAUCUUUCCCAGCAUCAGGGUCUUUUCCAGUGAGUCAGCUCUUCACAUCAGGUGGCCAAAGUAUUGGAGUUUCAGCUUCAACAUCAGUCCUUCCAGUGAACACCCAGGACUGAUCUCCUUUAGGAUGGACUAGUUGGAUCUCCUUGCAGUCCUUAGGCCUCCUGCAAAUUCUUGAGGCAGUUACAGAAGUUUAAUGGGAUGGAUGCAUGUGAGGCUUCUCUUCAGUCAUGCGGGGAGAGCAGGACAGUGAACACAGCGGGCGCACCGUGCCAUUUUCCAGCCUCGAGACAGGAGGCUGCCCGAGCAUAGUGGCUCUCCCCCAAACUUCCACACAAGAAGGUGCACGCAAGGAGUACACGCACACAAAGCUUCACCAAGUGUGAUGGAGCCUGGGAUUCCUUCACCAGUCAGAGGCACUGACAUCGCGUCACCGAGGCUCAGAGAUGUGGUCACACACCAGGAAGUUACUUAGAUGUGCCGAUGUGUCAGCAAGUCUAAAGGUGACUCAGCUUGCAUGGGCAGCUCCCUAGAACUUUCCAUGCAGGUAUUCAGAAGAUCUUGUUUUCCCAUUCCAGAGUCAGGUCACAUUGAAACAAGGAAUACACUUAGGUGGGCUCAGCUCCCUAGCUCUAUCAGUAUACAUUUAGGUGGGCUCAGCUUCCUAGCUGUACCACAUGGGCCCAAGGAGCAGUCUGGACAGACAGCAGCAUCUAGAGCCCCAGUGAAAUUACCUAGAGAGGGAACCAAAGGGUCCUUGCUUCGCUGGGUGGGCUGAGGCUUCCGAUGGCAAAUCGGGCAAUCAAAGAGGUGGCCCCCUUCUCCAGAAAGUGAAAGUGUUAGUCACUCAGUCAUGUCCAGCUCUUUGCAACCCCAUGGACUGUAUCCCACCAGGCUCCUCUGUCCAUGGGAUUCUCCAGGCAGAAAUACUGGAGUGAGUAGCCAUUCCCUUCCCUGGAGGGCUUUCCCAACCCAGGGAUCGAACUCAGGUCUCCUGCAUUGCAGAUGGAUUCUUUACCAUCUGAGCUGCCAGGGAAGCCCCCUUUCUCCAGGGAUUGGGAAGUACGAAUGAGGGAGUUGUCCUUCCGUGGAAGGAGGGAGGGGGAUGAGGUGAGGGGCUGUGUUGAAGUGAAUGUGCACAGGUCGGGUCCGGACAUCGUGGGGAAGCUGCUGUCCUCCGCUUCCGGUCCUGAUGGACGUUUAUCCUCAGGUCUGCAGACAGUGAGCAGGUCCAGCUGGGGCUGGGUGCUCUCUUUAGACGUGACGCUGGGCCUGGAGCCUCGUCCCUGGAGUUGGUGGCACAAUGGUUAGUCACCAGGGCCUGGUGGUGCCCUUCACGUGAGGCUGGAGGGGGUCCUUUAGGGGUGCCUUUUCCAGGACCUCCGGCCUCUGGGGCGUGGUGUGGGGGUCUUGCUCUUCUGGGAGUGCACAGCAAAAGGGGUGCUCUGCCAGAGCCCAGUGAUUUUUUUACUUUUUUUUUUAAUUGAUGUAUAAUUGAUUUACAAUGAUAUGUUAGUUUCAGGUGUAUAGCAAAGUGAUUCAGUAACACUUAUGUUCUUUUUCAGGUUCUUUUCCCUUAUAGGUUAUUACAAAAUACUGAGAAUGGUUCUCUGUGCUACAGAUUAGGUCCCUAUUGGUUAUCUAUUUUCUGUACAGUAGUGUGUAUAUGUUAAUUCCAACUGGUUAUCUUCUUAAACUUUUAAUUUUUUUGGCCACACCACACAGCAUGUGGGAUCUUAGUUCCCCAGCCAGAGAUCAAACCCAAGCCCUUGGCAGUGGGAAUGGGGAGGUCUAACCACUGGGCUACCGGGGAAUUCCCCCGCUGGUUAUUUUCAAUAGAAGCAGUGAAGAAACAUUUCUCCCUUUCUCAGCUGUGGAUCAGAGAGGCAGGAGACACGUGCACUGGGUAUUCUGUUCCAGGGAGAACAGACCCCAUCAAACCUGUGCAAGUAUGUCCACUGUCAUGAAAAACUAAUAUUCAAUAACAGUUUCAGAACUCUUGAGGGACCAGGUAGGGAGAAAAAAUGUAAAUGUCAAGGAUACACUUUACCAAAUCGUAAGGUAUAGACUGCGUAGGGCUUCCCAGGUAGCACUAGUGGUAAAGAACCAGUCUGCCAAAUGCAGGAGACACAGGAGACGUGGGUUCCAUCCCUGGGUCGGGAAGAACCCCGGGAGGAGGGCAUGGUAGCCCAUUCCAGUGUUCUUGCCUGGAGAAUCCCAUGGACAGAGGAACUGGGCAGGCUACAGUCCAUGGGAUCGCAAAGAGUGGGACAUGACUGAAGCGACUGAAGCACACAGGCACACAUAAACAGCUUAAAGGAGAGGAGGAAAGGGGAUCCGUUGUGUCUGGAAAACAAAACAUUAAAGCAACUGGUUUUCCGUGAGAGUUUUACAAAUGCUUAUGCAGUUAAGUCAUAUGAAUUCAGUUCAGUUCAGUUCAGUCACUCAGUCGUGUCCGACUCUGCGACCCCAUGGAUUGCAGCACAGUAGGCCUCCUUGUCCAUCACCAUCUCCCCGAGUUUACUCAAACUCAUGUCCAUUGAGUUGGUGAUGGCAUACAACCAUCUCAUCCUCUGUCGGCCCUUCUCCUCCUGCCCUCAAUCUUUCCCAGCAUCAGGGUCUUUUCAAAUGAGUCAGCUCUUCGAACCAAGUGACCAAAGUAUUGGAGUUUCAGCUUCAGCAUCAGUCCUUCCAAUGAACACCCAGGACUGAUCUCCUUUAGGAUGGACUGGUUGGAUCUCCUUGCAGUCCCAGCGACUCUCAAGAGUCUUCUCCAACACCACAGUUCAAAAGCGUCAAUUCUUCAGUGCCUCAGCUUUCUUUAUAGUCCAACUCUCACAUCCACACAUACCUACUGGAAAAACCAUAGCUUUGACUAGACAGACCUUUGUUGGCAAAGUAAUGUCUCUGCUUUUUAAUAUGCUGUCCAGGUUGUUCAUAACUUUCCUUCCAAGGAGUAAGUGUCUUUUAAUUUCAUGGGUACAAUCACCAUCUGCAGUGAUUUUGGAGCCCUCAAAAAUAAAGUCUAUCACUGUU